UUCCCAAAAUGAAAAAGGAGAGCCAUAGCUUAAUAUCCAUUGGAAAGACAAUAUAGACCUGUUUGUGCAGUUAUUGGCCUAGAUAGAUACUAUGGCUACUGCUCCAUUGCUGCCGUCACGCAUCUGGUUCCACUUGGAUCCCUCAUGUUCCCAAUUCCAAAGCCCAAACCUUAAUCCCUCCUUCCCUCUCCGCCGUCGCUCUAAUCAUACUCAUAGCCUCACUCUCACACUCGUCUCUUCUGCCCACACUCUCACUCCGCCGGAGCCGCCGCCGCCUACUUCCACCACCGUCCCUCACACCUUGCUUCGGUUCGCCGCCUCCGCCGCCCUCCUUCUCGGGAUUGGGCUCGGAUGCUGCGUCGCCUCCGCCCGCUCUUCUCCUCUAGCCCAGCCUCCGCCGGCGCUACAGGAUCAAGCUACGGAUGAUGACAAUUUAGAAGCGGCGUUUGGAACUUGGAAGUCCAAGACAUUCGCUUUGACUGUGCCCUUGACAGUUGCUGCUCUACGCGGCUCUGUACCUCCUUCAUGGAUUAAGGAUUUUAUGCAGUCUCAAGGAAAAAGAUCAAAGCUUCAACUCAAGUCUCAUGCAAGUCUCGAGAGCGUAUUUUCGGAUCUCUCAAGAGACUUCAGCAAAGGCGAUGUUCGGCCUUCUUCUGUUGCGGCUGCUGAUGUAGUUAGUAUUGGGGACUCUUGGCUCAGUCAUGCCAUUAACAAGGGUCUAAUUGAGCCAAUUCAAGGGGUAGAAGACCAGGAUUGGUAUAAAGGAUUGAGUGACAGAUGGAAAGUAUAUCUACGCAGGAACUCUGAGGGGAGAAUUGACCCUGAUGGUAAAAUAUGGGCUGCUCCAUAUCGGUGGGGCUGCAUGGUGAUAGCAUACAAAAAAACUAAAUUUAGAAAGCAUAACUUGGCUCCUAUAUCGGACUGGGCAGAUUUAUGGCGACCUGAACUUGCAGGAAGGAUUUCAAUGGUUGAUUCUUCUAGAGAGGUUAUCGGUGCAGUUCUGAAGCAUAUGGGAACCUCCUACAACACACAAGAUAUCCAUUUGCAAGUUGAUGGUGGGAAAGAUGCUGUAAGGCAAAAUCUGGCUUUACUUGGAAAACAGGUCCGACUAUUUGACAGUGUACACUAUUUGAAAGCAUUUGCAGUUGGAGAUGUGUGGGUGGCUGUCGGGUGGAGCAGUGAUGUUCUUCCUGUUGCCAAACGCAUGUCUGAUGUUGCAGUAAUUGUUCCGAAAUCUGGAACUAGUAUAUGGGCAGAUAUGUGGGCAACCCCUGCUGUCUCUCGACUUGAAACAAAUCGAAUUGGGGGGCGAGUUAGAGGGCCAUCUCCACUCAUCCAUCAGUGGAUAGACUUCUGCUUGCAAACUGCUAGAGCACUCCCUUUUAAGCAGGAGGUAAUCCCAGGCGCCUCCCCCUCUGCACUUGAUAGUGCCCCGGCUGAAAAUUUAGAAGAGUUCACCAAGGGUAAGCCAAGACUGGAUACAAACCUCAUUGUGGGAGUACCGCCACCUGAGAUUUUGGCAAGGUGUGAGUUUUUGGAGCCAUUAUCUGACUCCACACUAUCAGAUUAUCAAUCGCUAAUAGAUAGUAUGCAGAAAUCUAAACAUGGUUUGGUCCCUAGUAUAAAUUACAAUAUCUUAUCAUUGAUUCAAAAUUUGUGGUUGAAGCUGCAUUCAAAUAAUAACAAGAGCUUGAAGCAAGUUUAGAAGUGGUCUUUUAUGAGAAUUAAUCGCUCUGUUUGUAUUAUACCAUGGGAACAGAACGUCAUGGAGAUUUCUGCAGAGAAUUAUCUGCAACUAGAGGAAACUUUUGGCAUGUAUACUUGGACAGAUUAUUGAUCUUAAGAUUAUAAUCUAAACUAUGAGCAUGGUUCAGAA